AUGGAUCUCAAUUCCUGCCUGCUCUCUCUGGGCUUCCUCGGGAUCUGUGUGUCGCCAGGCUGCUCGGGAGCUCAGGGAAAAUUCGCUUACAAGCUGCUCCACGACUUGUUUGCCAACUACUCCAACGCUUUGCGACCGGUGGAGGACACGGACCGGGUGCUGAACGUCACCCUGCAGAUCACCCUGUCUCAGAUCAUCGACAUGGAUGAGAGGAACCAGGUCCUGACUGCCUACCUGUGGAUCCGGCAGGUGUGGGUGGAUGCCUACCUGACCUGGGAUAAGGACAAUUACGAUGGGAUUGACGCCAUCCGCAUACCUAGUAGUUACGUAUGGAGACCUGACAUAGUCCUGUAUAACAACGCCGACGACCAGUUCACAGGAUCCAUGGAUACCAACGUGGUGAUCCGCUACGACGGGCAGGUGAUGUGGGACUCCCCUGCCAUCACCAAGAGCUCCUGCAAGGUGGACGUCUCCUACUUCCCCUUCGACGGGCAGCAGUGCCGACUGACUUUCGGCUCGUGGACCUACAAUGGCAACCAGAUUGACCUCCUGAACGGGCUGGACACGGGUGACCUAACGGACUUCGUGGAGAACGUGGAGUGGGAGGUGCUGGGCAUGCCGGCCAAGAGGAACGUCAUCAUCUACGGCUGCUGCUCGGAGCCCUACCCCGACAUCACCUACACGCUGCUCCUCAAGCGACGCGCCUCCUUCUACAUCUUCAAUCUGCUCCUCCCCUGCAUCAUGAUCUCCUUCCUGGCCCCGCUGGGCUUCUACCUCCCAGCCGACUCCGGGGAGAAGGUCUCCUUGGGGGUGACGGUCCUGCUGGCGCUCACCGUCUUCCAGCUGCUGGUGGCAGAGAGCAUGCCGCCCUCCGAGAAUGUGCCACUGAUCGGGAAGUAUUACAUUGCCACCAUGACCAUGAUCACGGCCUCCACCGCACUGACCAUAUUCAUCAUGAACAUUCACCACUGCGGCCCAGGAGCCAAGCCCGUGCCCAAGUGGGCCAAGAAGUUCAUCCUGCAGUACAUGGCCCAGCUAUUCUUUGUCUACGAGGUGGGGGAGAGCUGCAAAAGUCCCAAACGGCAACUGGGCCACCUACCCACAGUCCAGGUGGUGAGUGGCAGGGCCGCCAAGGAGGAGCAGAAAGCCCAGACGACGGAGGAUGACUCGGAUGCGACGUGCCGGGAGAAGUCUCCGCAGCAGGAGCUGGUGCCGCAGAGGCUCAGCAGUGCCUCUGGCCAGCAGGACUGGAAAGAGACCGGGACACGUACGAAGCUAGAGUGUGGCCGGGAGGGGCAGCAGCACCAAGUCUGUGCGAAGACCCCGUGCCUUUGCCACCACAACAGCCUGCUGAGGAAUGUCGAGUACAUUGCCAACUGCUUCCGGGACCAAAAGGCGGCUCAGAAACGGAGCGGUGAGUGGAAGAAAGUGGCCAAGGUCAUGGAUCGCAUCUUCAUGUGGAUCUUCUUCAUUAUGGUCUUCUUCAUGAGCAUGCUCAUCAUGGGCAAAGCCAUCUGAAGAGCCCUUGGCACGCAACGGCCGCUAGUUAUCUAGGACCUUUCGUCUCACCCUG